GCUUAUUAUUCCGGAAUGUCAACACGGCCAUUAUCAAGGGUUUGCAACGAAACGAAACAAUUUCUCAUUUUUGUUUUAAAAACUACACGACAGUGCAUAUAAUUACGUGCAUAAAAGCCUUUAAAAAAUUUGGCUUAUCUUUGCAUCUAUGACAGUUCAGUUUGACUGGAAAUGUCAAGUAGGAAGCGUGUAUUGAUAGUGGGAGCCGGAGCAGCUGGGACAGCAGCAGCAUAUAGUCUGAGUAAACACCCGACCAAGUUUACUGUUGAACUCUGGGAGAAAAACCUAGUGCCUGGGGGUGUUGCCGGGACAGCCAGCUUACAAGAACAGAGGGGAACUUAUGUGAACUAUGGUGUACAAGGAGGGACUCCAACGUACAGAAACACUAUGAAUCUUAUACAUGAACACGGCUUUGAAACUCAUCCUGUACACAUGAUGAUUUCAUUUGGUAAGGACGACACUGCGUGGACAAACUACGCUGAUUCUAAUCUAACCAGAAGACUCAAAGAGGACAUAGCUCGUUUUGAGAAAACUCUCAAAAUUAUAAAUAGAUUUGAAGCAUUGUUUAUAUUCUUGCCAAUUUCCAAAGUUUUGAAAUGGUUUGGAUAUUCCGAAGAGUUUAUGAAUCAGAUGGUGUUUCCCCUUACAGCGCUGUUUUUUGGUACCGGCAAUCAGACACCAAAAGUGUCAUCGGCAAUAAUGGCGAGAGUAUUUUUAGACGAUGAUUUACGCUUAUUUGAUUACGAUACAGACAGGUUAUUGAGCCAGACCCCAGAAAUGUUUGCUUUUCCAAAUCUUGAACAGAUGUAUGAAACUAUUAUAAAGAAAUCUGGGGUACGUUUUCAUCGAAACAGACCUGUCAGGACUGUGUCUAGAAUUGAUGGAAAAGUACAUGUUGUAGAUAUGAAAGGGGUUGUUGAAAUUUUCGAUGAGAUAAUAUUUGCUUGUGAUGCUGAAACAGCUCUCGGAACUUUAACAGAUCCUAGUUUUAUGGAGUUACAGACGCUUGGAAAUGUCCAGUAUUUCAAUGAUUUGAUCAUCACUCAUGAAGAUGAACAUUAUAUGAACUCUCACUAUGAACUUCAUAAAGACAAAGACCAGUAUUUAGUUCGUACUGAUGUCAGCGAUCCAUCUAAGAUCGAAAUGUCAUUUGAUCUGUCAAAUUACCAGCCCCAACUGAAGGAGAUUCGUGAUCAACAACAGCAUGUAUAUCAAACUAUCUAUUUAGAUGAUACUUGUGCAGAUAUUUGGACAUUGAAGAAAGUCGAUAAGAAAAAGAUCAUGUAUCACCAUUGGUGGCGUCAGUUUUCACACACAUGGCGACACUUUGCUUUCACUGUGCCGCUGAUGAGUUACAUCCAAGGUAAAAGAAAUACAUAUUACUGUGGUUCCUACACGCUGGUAAACACACAUGAGGUGGCGGUUAUGUCCGGGCUAGCAGCAGCUUACAGGAUCGGAGCCUCAUAUCCGUUUGACCAUGACGCUUUAGCAAGGAAACAGUUUGAUCAUUACCUCAUGGUUAUACACGGAAAACCACGAAAAGUUGGUCUCAAUUUAGACACUUUGAAAGCAGGAUGUCUUGGUUUGUUUAUUGGAAUCUUCACAGUGUUUUCACUACUGACACGUAUCUUUGUUGACUGGUAUACACAUGAAGAUAAACCGAGAGGAGGUUAUGGAAAGGCUGUGUACAAUAAUCUGGAAGGCUGGCCAAAACUGUGAGUCAACAGCUCUUGACUUAACAGUAUCUGUGAUGGAAUGAAAAAUUCGCAUAAUAAACAUAUAGUGGUGUAUAUAGUAUAGGACAAUUAUGGUUUAAUAUACUUGCUGAUAAAAACAUCACAAGGUUUUUUUUCUAUACAAUUUUUCGUUUGUAUGAUAUUCUGUAUUUGUAAAGUUGUCUAUUUUUUUGUCACAAAUACUUUUGUAUAUUGACUCUUUUUGACAUAAUUUAUAUUUUGAAACUGUUUAAUGUUUUAGAUACAUUAUAACGGGUAAACAAAUGUAUAUUUUUA